CAUCAUUAUCAUAGUAGUUCAAACGUGCACAUGAAUAUAUAAAUGAAAGUGUAUAGUGAAUGCUUCAUAUUGCGAACUGACAGCAUACUUGAUAACAUUUAAAGUAUCGAAGCAUAAAAAAGUGACUAUUAUAGAAAAGAAAUAUGAAGUUUGACGAAAUUUUGACGAAGAUUGGAGAAUUUGGAACUUAUCAGAAGAGAGUGUACACUCUGCUGUCUUUCCCAUCAAUCAGUGUCGGCAGUUUCUGUAUGAUGCUUAUAGUGAUACUAUACACUCCGGAACACAGAUGUAAGAUCCCGUCCCUCUCAAACGACAGUUUUGCCGUCCAGGGUCUGUACCAUGAGCAACUUAUUAACGAGACAAUACCCCCUUCCGAUGAUCCAACAAUUCCCUACGACAGGUGUCAUAUAUACAUUACAGAGGGGAGCUCAUUUAACCCGGCAAAUGCAAGCCGAAAACAGUGUACAGAAUGGGUUUAUGAUAAAAGUGUUUUCACAAAUACUUUCACCUCCCAGAUUAAUUUGGUAUGUGAGGAUUCCUUGAAAACCUCUCACGUAAUGAUGUUUUUCUACUUUGGUCUGUUGGUGGGGGACUUCAUACUCGGCAUGCUGUCUGAUUCACUUGGCCGUCAGAAAAGCAUGUGUAUCGCCCUACUUGUUCUGCUGGCAUCUUCUGUCUCGGUGUCUUUCACCCCUGAGUUUUAUUCCUUUGCAGUAUUACAGUUUAUAAUCGGAGGAAGUGGUCACGGGGCAUUUGUCGCUAUUGCGGUUAUUAGUAUGGAAAUGGUAGGACCAGCAAAGAGACUAUGGACUGGCAUGCUUAUCCAAGUAUUUUUUGCUAUCGGUGUUUGUUAUGUGGCGCUCACUGGAUUUUUGGCGCGAUCUUGGAUGUGGAUCAAUCUUGCGAGUGCAAUUCCAUGUGCAUUUUAUCUUUCAUUUUGGUGGUUUGUACCAGAAUCCCCUAGAUGGCUUAUCAGCAAAGGAAGGGAAGAUGAAGCUAUUCGUGUAAUACGAAAGACGGCCAAGGUUAACAAAACACAUGUUCCUGAGCACAUGUAUGAUGUGCGAGAUGAUGAGGCUCCACCGGAGGGGAAAUUAUGGCACGUGUUUUCAAGUCCUGUGUUACUCAAAAGGACUCUGAUUUUGAGUUUUAACUGGAUGAUAAUCAGUAUGACGUACUAUGGAGUGACAAUGAACUCAGGGAACAUGGGUGGAAGCUUCUUUCUGAAUUUCUUUCUCAUGGGCUUGGCUGAAAUACCUGGUGUGUUUAUAGGAAUGGCCAUUAUAGACAGGAUGGGCAGGCGUUGGUCAAACGCUGGGACUAUGGUUGUUGGUGGUAUCGCCUGUAUAGCGACUAUACCUACUGUUUUACUAGGAGGAGAUGAUCUCCAGCCACUAACUAUAUUAGCGUGA